AUGCAAUUUAAAUACACGAGCUGCGCGCUUUUAGUCGUGCUCCUCUGCAUUUCAUUCACAAGCCAUCUUGUACGAGCAAGAAGUUUAAAAGGUGGGUGUUUAUUAUUAAGGCUAUUUUCACACUAUACGGUAUAUAUAGUAUGAAGACCUAUCCGAUAUGUGACGCUCCACUUUCGAGUUCAAGGCGACGCAGCCUCGCUUCGUUACCGAAUCGCGCCGAAAUCAGCAUUCUUAUGUGUCCGGCAUUCUCAUGCCCUGUCCGGUAUGGUUUUCAUUCCAGAGCAGAAGCUUUCUGGUAUAGAGUGAACAUUUCCUGAGGGUUGCGCAAUUAGCACCGUCUAAGAAUUUGAACUUUAAUCAAAGGAGUGAUUAACUUUUUAUCAUGGCAAACGCUAUCAUCUUCGUAGAAAUUUUCCUUACCUAUAGAAGCACAUAACCUUGUACCACUUGUGUAUCAUCUAAUCGCAACAGCUUUAAAAGUGUUACGCGAGUCAUAUUUUUGCCGUGUAACCUGAAUUAUGUCUAAAACACGUCAUUAAAAACUUUUCAGCAAACUACAAAAAAUGGUGGUGCUAAAUAUCUAACUCCAAAAAAAUUUGGGAAUUUUUCUAACAUAGUUUUUUUUUUCCUUGGGUAGAUUUAGCAAGUAUUUCAAAAGGUAAGAUUAUUUUGUUUUCUGCUUUUCAAAUACAAAUAAUAGUAAGAAAGUGAAAAAUAAAAUAUGAUCAAACCAAUGGGAGUAACAAAAUCAAAGUUAACGACAGUAAUCGCUAGAGAUGAUAAGGUUGAUUCCCAGGAGAUAAUAGACGAAGUUUUAUACGUUGCUCUUACCGAAGGUCCAAUCCUCCUACCCUGUUAUAAACCCUAUUUAGAUUUUCACUGAAAGGUACUCCGUACACCCUCCAAUGGAAAAUGGUAUCCCUUUCCUACUUUGUGUGAAAAUACCGAGUCAUUUUCAACUUAUAUACAGCCAUGAGAGGCCUCUUUUCGAAAUAUUUUAGUUCAAGGAAAGAGGGGUUAUAACGUGCAGCACUUCUCCAUCAGCCCAAAUUAGGAGCUUAUCACGUGAAUACUAUAGAGAGGUAUAAAAGAGUAGGCUUUUGCAGAUUAUAAGGAGCCCAUAACCCGGAGGGGGUACCUCCCUUGUGUCCAGGCAACGGCGUUUUUACUGACCAGUUUAUUUUGAGAUCGAUUUUCCCGCAAAUUUUAAAUAUCAAAAAAGUCUUACAAAUCAGUCAUAAAAAACUGGAGACUAGAUAAAAGCAUUUUCUGCUGUUUUGAUAGCAUUUACUUCCUCUUUUUGAAAUUACCGUAGUAUGGAUGCGCACGCAUACGGAACGGUGCUUCCAUUUUCGCAGGAAAAAGUGCUCAAAAUAACCUAAUCUGUGAAAACGCUGUUGCGUGGGCGAAGUAUCCGUCACGUCAGAAACGAGACAGAAAAUGGGCCGUAUAACUUUCGCAAAGACUUCUAGUACUGUUACUGGAGACAGGAAAAUUAAAUAGCCCAUGAUCGAUAUAUUAAAAUUCUGACUUUCUAGUCAUUUUUCUAUAUUUGGUUUGGUUUUCUUUGUGCUCAAGUCUCUUCUGGGAAAUGCGAAACAACAGAGUCGUGAAAGAAAGACAACUUGGCCUAGUUUCCUUGUCGACUUUUUUAAAGUACCAAUGGGAGCUGCACGAUUCGUAGGUGGGGGGGGGGGGGGGGGGUUUGGGCCCCCACCCAAUAACACCUUUUUUUUUUUUUUUUUUUAAAAAAAAAAAAGGACCAAAAAUAAAAGAUGGAAACCGCCAGGACAACCACGACUUAAACAAGCGAGGAUUCAGUUAACACAACGAAAACAACCUGUAAAAAGAAUAAUGCAGCCAGCGAGGUUUGUGGAAAGAAAAUAUUAAGAAUUUCGUGCGUAUUGACGUUGUGGAAAAAAAAAACAAAAGAGAGAGAAGAAAAAAAUUCUUUGCUGUGUUUGUGUUUUGUUGUAUUUUAGAAGAAGGGUGGGGGUGGGUGGGGGGGGGGGGGGGGGGGGGGGGGGGGGGGGUGUAUGGGCUCCUACCCAAGUACACCUGUAUUUUUUCUUUUCUUUAGAAGAAGAUAAUGACCUAGAAUCAAAAGAUGAGAUAGACAGCGACAGCACUGACUUAACAGACGAUGAUUCAGAUGAAGCUACAGAUACAGCCGUUGAUACAGAUGAUGCAGACAGCGAGGAUUCUGGUAAGACAAUAUUCAGAAUGCACCGUGUGAUUCUUUUACUUCCCUUUCGCGCCAUAUAGGGAAAUACAAGACAGUCUACUUAUUGGAUCUCGGAUUCCAAGCCGUGGAUUCCGGAUUCCAGCCAAGUACAGAUCUUUGUCAGCGGAACUUGGAUUCCAUUCGUUACUGGAAUUCCGGAUUCCUAAAGCAGCAUUCUGGAGCCAAAACCUUGCAUUCCGUAUUUCAAAAGCAAAAAUUUCCAAGAUUCCGGAAUCCAGAUUCCAGUAAAUGGAGCGAUCAGUUUUCUUUCACGGUAUCACGGAGAACUUCACAACUUUUGGAAAAAACAUUUUUGCAUUUCCCUUUUAGGCUGCUGAAUGCUUUUGCUAAGUUGAUUUGUUAAUAUUUUUGCUCCUUUUUAUUGCAGGGAGUAAUAUAGAGGCUACAAAGAGGGGAAAGCUUGCCAAAGAUUACUACUUCGAAGGUAUGUAAACUGGACAAAAAAUUAGAUUUAUAUAAAAUCUGCUCGGGACAAAUAUAAGGCAAAAAAGUGCAAGUUAGGAGGAAGCUAGGGGUAUAUGGUAAAUCGAGUUGGUAAAUACCGCAUUUUUCCCUAAUUUAGAGCCUCGAGUUAACCAACAAGCUUUUAAGGUGGCUCAUAAUGGCGCGGUAGCAUUUUCACCAUUUCUAUUUUGAUCGAUCAACUUUUUCAAUUGAUGCUACAGUAAUAGCAGCAAAUAAAUGCAGUUUCUGGUGAAUACAUCAGCACCAUUUUUAUAUAAAAAGUUACUAUAGCAAAGAAGUAGCCUUUUUAUCUCGCCCCUGCAUCUUAGUGAGGAAGUUCGUCCCUCAACUUUUUUCUCACAGAAUUGAAACCAACAUGUCAAGGUUUAGUAGUUUAAUUUCACCACACGCUGUUUAAACUUGAUCUAGUUAAGUGUUCAUUUCAUUCGAGGCGUGCUGACAUUGCUCCACCGAGGCCCACGUGUUCAUCGUCUUCAUCCGAUUGCGAGCCAUUUUCUCUCAGCCUUUUGCUCGGAUUCUUGUCUGCUUUGUCCUUUCCCAUUUUUGGUUAUAUCAGUUUAUAGGCUUCCAUGACAGGUACGUUAAAAAACGUUUAGAACAGCAUGUUUGGAGGAGCUCGCAGAACCUCGUCCUACCUGUACGAGGCCCACUGUGACUGUUCAUAAUGAGAAGAUUUCUACGGAGUGGGUCCACAGCCCCUUACAUUUUCGAACAAUUUUAAUAAUCAGAUGAAGCUGCAUCCGGAAGUGGAGGCGAAAGCGGAAGUGGAGAAGAAGCAGCAAAACCACCACCAGGUAAGUCGCUUAGAUUGUUCUCCAGUUGCCAUGUAGUCAGCCUGCGAGCAAGCUCUCAGUCAGGAGACGUUGUAAAAAGUCACUCCUCAGUGGCACGCAAAGGGCAUUCGAGAACAAGGGUCGGGGGAUAGAGUCCUUUGCUCAGUCUUGUCUUGUCUUGAACAGUCUUGUCUCGUCGCUUCGCUCGCCACUAAAAUAAUGAUAUUACAAUGAAUAUUUUGGCUGUAGAGCAUAAGGCUUUGAGGGCAGCACAUGUUAAUGAAAACGUCCGUCAAACCACAAUGGCUGAUGACAAACUAUUCCUUGAAUGGAAAAAAAUUGCCUUGUAGCUAUCAUAUACCACGCAGCCAAGACUGAUGCCGAACUGAUUUCUAAUGUUUUUGUAUUAGUGAAAGUGAAUUUCAAAGAAGACGUUUCUCUUAAUAUUCAAAUUUCGAGAAAUAAAUUUUGCUAUUUAGUGAUUUUUAUGCAUUUUAUUUAUUUAUUCAUAAUGUUGUCGUUUCUUAUUCAGCUGAGCCUCUGUGUAAGCCACCUUGUGUCCUUCGGCCAGGCCCGGAGCACUGGGUACCACGUCCUCGAUACGAACCUGGCCCUGCCAUCCCCCCUCCCCCUCUUGAGCCACCCCCACCCCCUCCUCCCUGCCCUCCAAUGUGCAUGCAAACAUGCGCUCCUACAUGUGAUCCAAGCUGCUGCCAAGCCCCAAUGGCCUUACCUCCUCCCCCACCGGUUGAAGCUUGCCAACCAUCAUGUGCACCAACCUGCUGCCCGCCACCACCACCCCCCCCAGUUCAAACUUGUCAUCCAUCAUGUGCACCCACCUGUUGUCCAGAACCACCACCUCCUCCCCCUCCACCUAGCUGCUGCCAAGCCCCAAUGGCCUUACCUCCUCCCCCACCGGUUGAAGCUUGCCAACCAUCAUGUGCACCAACCUGCUGCCCGCCACCACCACCCCCCCCAGUUCAAACUUGUCAACCAUCAUGUGCACCCACCUGUUGUCCAGAACCACCACCUCCUCCCCCUCCACCUCCGCCUCCGCCUCCUCCCCCUCCCCCACCGCCUAUGAUUUGUCCUCCUACGUGUGCCCCUCCAACGUGCGCUCAGAACUGCCCUCCAAUUUGCUGCAAGCGAGGAGAUUAG